UUGUGCGCGCACCUGGUGGCCCUGAAAAGAAUCCCCAGGCCAGUGUGUUUGCCCUGUAGCGGGGGCACUGACAGCAUGCGGGCACUUAGGCGCUUGCAGCGGGCACAAGUGAAGCCCGGGACGCCAUCGGCAACACGAUUCGGGCGGUCCAGGACUAUGACGACUGCGCCCUGGCGCCGGGUGUUUUGGUGUGUGGAGACGCAAUCUCGGCGGGCGAGGUCCGGACGUUGGUCGGGGGGCGCGCAGGUGGGCUCCUUCUUGGGCCGCUUUCGCCGCCCCAUGCGCCUGCAGUCAGAGCCCGGAGGCCUGCAAGCAGGUAGGGUGGGCGGGGGCGACAAAGAAGCGGAGCGGGCG